GCUGUUUUCAAUGCUUGCAUCUUGCGUGAGGGCGGCCAGCAACAUCAUGAUCAAGCAAGAGGCUUAGCAAUGGAUUCGGUCUCCAACUGCGUUCCAUCAUCGACGAACCUGCAAAGUUGUGAUCGUUGCACUUGUUCACCACGUCCAGGAGUCUUCAAAUAAUCUUGAGCAAACGCCCAGGUCCUGAUCGUUUCACGAGGGGAGAGUGCACCGCAAAGUCUGCACGCUUGUUGGAGCUCCUUUUAGUCAUCUAGGUGCUAUCGCCCAACUAUUCACAAAAACGCGAGCUUUCAGCCCGAAUGUCAGGCUUAAGUCACAACACUUUUCCCACACCCGCUUCGCCACUGGCGACUGUUGGAUCAGCUGGCUCAGGCACAAGCUCCUCGACCCCUCCCAUGACGAAUCCGUUCACGCGCAACCAGGAUGCUUACGACUUGUCCCGCAUGCUGCGCAGGUCCAGCAUCAGCGCCUCCUCCUCUGCCAGUGCACUGGACCACGCGAUCGACGAAGAGGACGAAGACAGCGACCACGGCGUUACAAGCCAGCUCAAGCCGUUUCCGUCCAUCGUCUCCCCUACCUCACCCAAAGGACCCCUUGGAUCAGGCGUGCUCGGUCCACUAGGUGCGCAGGACAGCAGCAGCAUCGGCCCCGGCACUGAUGGCCAGCAGGAUGCAGCUUCCGACCUGCCGUUCGAUCCCUCACUCAAGCCCGCUGGUGCGGACCAUAGGAACCCUAAAAAACUGGAGGAAACGCUGCCAGACCCUGAUGCCGAGUACUCACGACCGGGACAAAGCAGGAGGAGCAGUAUCACUCACGAAGGUGUGCAGGCUCGGGCGCGAGGGAUCGUCAGAACGUACAGUAUGGGUCAGCAGAAGCGCCGACCGAACGUGAUGGACAAUGAUACCAUCAUGAGGGCACGUCGCCUGAGCCACGACGCUUCGCAAGAGAACCCUCGCCGCUUCAUUGUGGACGUAGAUGAGACGAUGCGGCUGGUCUUGGAACAGGAGGACACGGACGGAAACUUUCAGAUUAACAUCACUGAUGGUGGUCCCAAAGUCGUGCAGCUCGGGACUGUCGACAGUAAUGGCUACAAGGGAUUCGACAUUCGUGGCACCUACAUGCUGUCCAACCUUUUGCAAGAGCUCGCUCUGGCCAAGGAGCACGGCCGCAAGCGCAUCGUGCUCGACGAGAUGCGUCUUGCCGAAAACCCUGUCGACCGGCUGUCGCGCAUGAUUUCGCAGACCUUCUGGCAUAAUCUCACACGUCGAAUUGAUGGCGAUGGACUAGAAGCCAUCCUUUCGGAUCCAAAGAACCGAUCGAAGAGCAAGCACCCGCGCAUCUAUGUUCCAUCAGCAGAGCCGCGCAUGAUCGAAUACUACCAAGAUGUCGCAAAGCAAAAGCCAGAGCUUGGCCUGAUUGUUGAAAUCUUGCCACCCAUCGCGCAAGUCACCCCUGAGUACAUGCGCGACCUUAACGACUUUCCUGGCUUGCUUGCGCUCGCCAUGCGCGAACGCCCGAAGAAGGAUGGCUCCGAAGGCACAGAGCUCGAAGGCGUGCCGUUCGUCGUUCCAGGGGCGCGAUUUAACGAGCUGUACAAUUGGGACUCAUACUUCAUCUCCCUUGGCCUCGUUGUUGACAACAUGGUCGAAAUGGCCAAAGACAUCGUCGACCACUUCAUCUUUGAGAUCAAACACUAUGCCAAGAUCCUCAACGGCAACAGAACCUACUAUCUCUUGCGUGCGCAGCCACCCUUCUUGACGGACAUGGCACUACAGGUGUACAGUCGUUUGGAACCAUCCAACGAGGCCGAGAACAAUGCGUGGCUCAAGAAGGCGAUCCAAGCAGCGAUCAAGGAGUACCACACCGUCUGGAUGUGCGAGCCCCGCUACCACCCCAAGUCGGGCCUGUCAAGGUACAGGCCUGCCGGCGUCGGCGUGCCGCCUGAGACGGAGGCGUCACACUUCACGCACGUCCUCCGCCCAUAUGCUGAGAAGCACGGCAUCAGCAUCAACGAAUUCACGCGCAAGUACAACUUCAAUGAGAUCAAGGAGCCGACACUGGACGAAUACUUCAUGCAUGAUCGUGCAGUGCGUGAAAGUGGACACGAUACGUCGUACCGGCUGGAGAAGAAAUGUGGUAACCUGGCGACAAUCGAUCUGAACGCUUUGCUGUACAAGUACGAGGUUGACAUUGCAACUGCCAUCCGGGAGCUGUUCGACGACAAUCUGACGCUCGAUGACGACUUCUUGCUCUACGGGCCGCUCCCGCCAAAUUACGCAAUGAAGGGCGCACCCCCCGCUAAGCCGUUGCGGUCGAUCGAAGCGCCUCAGACGUCAGCCGAAUGGUUUGCGCGCGCCGCUCAUCGGAAGUACCAAGUGGAUGAAUACUGUUGGAACGAGGGCAUGGGUCUAUACUACGAUUAUGAUACUGUCAAGGAGGAGCAGAACCUCUACGAGAGCGUAACGGCUUACUGGGCAAUGUGGGCUGGAAUGGCGAGCGAGGAGCAGGCUGAGAAGUUGAUGCAUCAGUCCCUCAGGAAGUUCGAGGUCACUGGCGGGCUUGUGCCAGGUACGGAGGAAUCGCGCGGGAGGAUCUCGCUGGAGAGGCCGAAUCGGCAGUGGGACUAUCCAUUCGCAUGGCCCCCCCAUCAGAUCCUCGCCUGGGUCGGAAUGGAACGGUAUGGCUAUUUGGAGGACGCGCGUAGGCUUGCGUAUAGAUGGCUAUACAUGAUGACGGUCGCUUUUGUAGAUUUCAACGGUGUUGUGCCAGAAAAGUUCGACGCCGUCAAGCUCAGCCACAUGGUCGACGCAGAGUACGGCAACCAAGGCAUUGACUUCAAAUUCGUACCCCGAGAAGGGUUCGGCUGGAUGAAUGCUUCGUACCAAGUUGGCCUGACGUUCUUGACUACGCACAUGAGGCGCGCCGUUGCUGCUUGCCAGCAUCCGGACGAUUUCUUCAAGACGUAUCGACUGCCUUGAAAAGCGCGCUCCGAAGUGUUUUUGAGGCGUGUCAAGACGAUGUGUUCUUCUACUUUCAAAUUGCGAGGUAUAAUUGUUCGACAAAUUGUAUCACUUCUGCUGCCCCUAAUACAAUGCCCAUCCUGUCAUCUCAAUCAUCAUGUCAUAUGAAUGUCAACUAAGUAUUUCAGACAGAAGAUGACGUCGCAUGCCAAAUCAUCCAA